UUUCUGGAAAUGUCAUCAAGUACGGUUCCAGCUUCAUUACAUCAGAUUGGGCAUUACGUUAAAAUUGCCAAUGAAAAUGAAAAGCGUGAUCCGGUCAUUUAUUACUGGUGUUUAUAUUAUGCAGUGAAGAAAGGAAUGUCAAUUGAUAAGAGUUCACCAGAAGCUUUGAAUUAUUUAACUGGUCUUCUUUCUGUUCUCGAAAUGCGAUAUAGUAAUUUUGAAGCCAUUGCGCAAGAUAUUGUGGCUCAAUCACAUAUUGAAAACUUCGCAUUAAAAUUAUUUGAUUCUGCCGAUGAAAUGGAUAGAAAAUCCAUGUUUUCAACAAACGUCGUGAAAUUGUUUUAUGUAGCUGGUCAUCUCAUAGAUGUUUUAACCUUGUUUGGCGAACUCGACGAGUCAUUAAUAUCAACUCGUAAGUACGCGAAAUGGAAGGCAACGUAUAUUUACAAUUGCCUUAAGAAUGGUGAAGUGCCUCAUGCGGGACCAGUGGAUAUGCGAGGUUAUUCAGAAUCUGAUCUAUUUAUUAUUAAUGCUUCGCAGCAAAUUCCAUCUGCAGUUGCUACCAAAGAUUUAACGACAACUCCUCGUCACAGCUCGAUCUGCGCUGAGUUCGUAAGUGAUCCUCAGUCAAAUUUGAAUCAAAGUGAGAAUAAUAAUGUUCCAACAACUGAACAUAGCGCCUUAUCCACCCAAGAUUACAUCGAAGCACAGAAACAUGCUAAAUAUGCAGUAAGCGCAUUAACGUACGAGGAUCCAAAAACCGCUAUCGAGAAUAUGAAAGCUGCUAUAGCGAUCUUAACUAAAUAUGAUAGACCAUUUUGA